GAUGCUGGUCGAGAUAUAAGCAACGCCGGUAGUGCUCUGGGUGAACUCAACAUUAUCCUUAACAUCUACUGUGGCAUUGCACUAAUGCACGUGCCGCCAUAUAACCGGGAUAGAGGAUCUACAGAUGAUUCGGGAUCAGCCGUGAUUCGCUGCUAUGAGUCCGCCUCAGCACAGGAUCCGCUCAGUCGGUCUUCACGUGCUCUAUGAGCCGGAGAAGAGUGGAAGCACACUUGUUGACAUCGUGUUUGUUCAUGGGUUUGGAGGGCAUCCGAUGAGAAGCUGGCAGUACGAAGAUCGAAUAUCGCCCGACACUCGACUAACGGCUAUACCGCCCGCGCGUGAUGGACAUCUGAAAAACUUACUGAGAACGGCGAGAUCAUCGAACAAGACGGAUCGGUCGAAUAUAGAGGCUGCCAUUACGCAGAAGGAUGCUUGGCGUGCUGACUCAAAUGUACUCCCUCAGGUCUUCUGGCCUCGAGACUUUUUGCCGAUGGCAUGUCCAGAGGCACGGAUCAUGACCUGGGGAUAUCAUACCCUGCAUAGCGGUAAUAUGCCAAUAACUGCUCAGCUUGACCUGUUCGCCCGAGUGCGCGAACUACUCCGAGAUCUUAGGGACCUUCGCCGAGAUGAUGGCGUACAAACAAGACCAUUGAUCUUCAUUGCCCAUUCCCUCGGGGGUAUGAUCGUGAAAGAGGCGCUACGCGAAGCUGAGUUCAGUAAUAUAGCGACCCAGCAAGACAUCCUAAGCUCAACAGCGGCAGUCGUGUUUUUCGGUUGCCCGCACAGGGUGGUAGGGAAAACGUCGCCAAUAGAUACCGCCAUGGCUAUGGCGGAGGAGACACAAAGUAUCCGAACAGACCGCUCGGUGCUCUCGGGAUUGUGCGGUGUAAAUAACCCGAGGUGGAAAGAAGCGCAAGACUCAUUUGUUCAGCAGUGGCAUCACUUCAACUUUAGGGUUAAAACUUACCAAGAGAGACAGGGUGGCAAAAGCAAAUUCAUCAAUACCCGCGUAGAGUCAACCAAGCUCGACGACGCGAGAGAAGAAGCGGAGAGCUUACCUGCAGGCCACCGAAUGAUGUGUCAGUUCAGGUCGGUGAAUGAUGCCGGGUUCAAAUCACUUUCUAGAAUUCUACAAGGCAUGGUGAAGAUUGAGAAGUUAAAGCGUCAAGGGCUGAGUGUUGAUGAGAUACAUUGCUUGCGACUACUUGAUAACCGCCGGGUACAUGACCCUCAAUCGUCUAAGGGAUAUGCCCUAGAUGCGUGUAGAGCGAUAUACAGUUCAAGGGAGUUUCGCAAUUGGUAUCGUCGCCAAGGAGGCAGCAAUGAAUACAUCCUUUGGCUGACAGGUACGCCAGGAUCAGGCAAGUCGACCCAGUUACGCUAUCUUAAGCGCCAAAUGGAAAAGUACUGGAAACCUGGUACGGCGUCGAUUGUAUACUGUAUCGCGGAGGGCUUGGGUACUGACCGAGAUUCUGUUCCCGAGCCUAGGAUAGGGAACUUACGGUCCGUCAAUGUCAUCCGUUCUAUUCUUUCUCAACUCUUCGGACAGGACCCAAGUCUACGUCAACGACUUUCUAGCUCGUGCCGCGAUGGCCUCAGCGAUGUCGACAUUACUCGGUUCUUUCUGGAAGAUUACGUUGUCAACAAGCCCCAGGCUUUAGCAAGGAGGACGUUCAUCUUGGUCGAUGUCGAAGAUAGCUGUGACGACCCCUACAUCCGAGAGUUGUUGCAUUGCCUGUGUCCCUUAGCCCAAAACUCAAGUUUUAGCAUAUGCUUAGCAAGCCGGCUCAUCGACGGCUGCCCCCCGGCCAACAUCAUUCAUUUACAGCUAGAUAAUUACAACUACGAAGAAAUCAUACGGUUCACAGAGUCUCGCCUAAAGGCUAGUUGGGAAGAGCGUAUAGUAACUGUGCACAAGGUUGCCGAGAAGGCCGGGGGUAGCUUCUUGUGGGCGCAGUUUGCGACGAACCUUCUCCAAGACAUCAUAGACAAUGGCGGAACGCAGGAUCUCGUGAACAAAGUCCUAGAAGCGCUGCCGACAAAUUUAUACGGCCUUUAUGAACUGACGCUGGCAUCUCUGUCAUCAAAAGAGAAGGCGGACGCUACGACUAUUAUGCGGUGGGUUAUGCUUUCUCCGGAGCCAAUGCUGCUCAACGAUCUACAAAUGGCCGUUCGCCUAAGCCGCACACGUUCCCUCCUAUUAUGUGAACCAGAAACUGCCUUGCAUGUUGGUUCACCAUUGUCGAUGCAAGAACUGAAAAAGAAAGGAAAGCAAUUCGACACGCCUUCGCAGUUCUACCAAUGGCUAUGCUCCCGAACGCGUGGUCUCCUCGAAGCAAGGCCUGUAGGUGAUGAAGGAAAAGCACAACAACCACUCGGACUUCAGCGCAUACACCCAAUACAUGAAUCUGUUCGAUUAUUCUUUUUAUCCGGCAGGGGCUUCGCCGCGCUGUGCUUGGGUCGAGCGAAGACAGCCAAAAGAUGCAAUCAUGAGGCCGUUCACUUAUGUCAUUACAGUCUUCUGCACACGAUCUUGAUUUAUCUGAAUACAUCAGACCUAUCACCUCUAGUGAGCGGUACUCUCUCGCAGGAACCGGCGCAAACAAUGUUGUCAUCGCAGACAUCACCAACAUGGCGAAGAAACGUCGUAGAUCAACGCAAUCUCAUCACCUCAUCAUACCCGUUCCUGCGCUACGCCGUAGACAAUCUACUAUACCACUUACUCUCCCCGCGCCCCGUACGCUACUUCCUCCCGCAACACGCCAUAUUCGCCAUGUUCACGGCGAACGAGUGUCGGAUAUGGCGGCGCUGGACGGCGCUCCUGGGCGAGACGGACGCCUCGGCAAUCCUGGCGAAAUGCGCAUCCGCCGAAGCCCUCCUGCAGCCCGAGUUCGGCGCGUCGUUCCGGCUUGAGCGCGUUCUGCGGGCGGUUAAUAGGAUGGCGACCGGGGAUAGCUGGUUCUCGCCCCAGAAAAGACUGCGACUUUCUGUUUACCCAUUUCCCGUACCGCCUGGUUCAGGAAAGUCUAGGACAGAGGAAGGUGAAGGAGAGGCUGUCCAACAUGUGCCUAUAGUGACUCUUCGUCCCCCGUCACCUCCAAGGUCGCCUCGCUUGAUCCGGCGAGGAGCACGGUCUCGAGGUACCGUGAUUAUAGGCACGGCUAAAAGAUAGAACUUGAGGCGAUCUAAAUUGUCCUGUUGAGAUAGUCGAUUGGGCUGGUCAUCUCAGAGAUCAGCAUCGCGCUACCAGCGGUCCUCGGACCAAUGACGUAUGGGAAUCGAGGACUGGACGUUUCACAACGUCGGCCGCAUCAGCGUAUUGUAUCCAGGUUGAGGGGCGCUCAUCAUAAAUCUCCUUUUUGUAUCACAUUGUCAGCUUACAU